GGGGGAUUUGCGUGGGUGAUUUGCACCAAUCUACACAUUUAUUGGUUAUCACUAAAAUUUCUAAUUAUCGUAUGAAUACUUGUAUAAUUUCUUUAUUAUUUUUUUGUGUUUUGUUUUGUUUAAAUCUAUUAAAACAAUUGAAAAUUUUCGCGGUUCAUUCAAAAGUGAAACUAGUAUAAAAAUUUUUUUUGAAAAAUAAUUUGAAUUUUUAAUAAAACUCUAUUCAAUAACAAAUAAAAACAAAAAAAAAUUAGAAAUGACCACUGAUUUACCUGAAGUCGUUUAUGGUCCAACAUGGAUACGUAAAAUGCGUACACUAUUUCGUCGAUUAGAUUCCAGUGGACAUGGUUAUUUAAUGGUUGACGAUCUAUUAGAAAUCGGCACUUCAAUAUUCAAUGUUUAUCCUAAAAUGGUUGCUUACAAAUAUGAUGAACUAGUAAAAACACUUGUUUAUUUAUGGUAUCAAGUGAUUUGUACUCAUGUACCAAGACAAUCCGCUACAAUAAUGAAUUUGAAUGAAAAUACAUUUGUAAAUAAUUUACAGAAUGCAUUGAAAAAUGAAUUUCGACAACAAUUUCAUGAGAAAUUCAUUAAUCCAUUAUUCAAUGCUAUGGAUCAAGAUGAUGAUGGCAAGAUUACGGCACCGGAAUUUCAAACAUUAAUGUUAGCAUGGAAAUCAGUGCCGAAAAAUGCUGAAAUCUUAUUUCGUCUCUAUGCGGAUGGGAAUAAAUUAUCGAAAGAGAAUUUCACUAAAUUGUUUAUUGAUUUUUUCAUGUCAGAUGAUGCAAAAAGUAAAGCGUCACAAUUAUGGGGACCAUUGUUAAAUUAUAAACGUGCUGAAGAUUAUGGUACUUUAGAUUGUGGACCUGUGUGGGAAGGUAAAAUUCGUACUAUGUAUAGGCGGUUAGAUGUGAAUGAAACAAUGAAGUUAAGAUGUCAUGAUUUAUUACAAAUUGGUCAGUUUCUAGUACAACGUGCACAUUUGGAUAGACGACGUGCUGAUGCCGUGAUGCGUGCUAUGUUACAUAUAUGGGUGAAAUUUUUAGCGGUCGAUAAAAAUGGUGAACAUUUAGAUGAAAUUCGUGAAAUUGAAUUUGUACACAAUAUGCGUGAAAUGAUCAAUGGGGAAUUUCGUCAUGAAAUCGAUCAAUUCGGAUGGACAUUUUUUAAAGCAAUCGAAGUUGACAAUAGUGGUUUUAUAUCACAAGCAUCAUAUCGUACAUUACAAGAAGCAUGGCAUGUUGGACGUGAAGAAGCUGAAGGAAUGUUUAAAAUAUUAGAUAAUGAUAAAGAUGGUAAGAUUAGUAGUGAUGAAUUUCUCACUGCAUGGAAUGAAUAUUUUCUUAGUGAAGAUCCACAAAGUCCAUAUAGAAUGUUCUUUGGUCCAGUGAUUUCACGACCAACAGAAGCUCGAUAAUGAAAUGAAAUGACAUAUACCUUGCAUAUUACACACAAAAGUUAUCAAUCAUUCAACAUUGACCUGAUCAUACUCACUCACUAUAUAUAUACAACAUGUUACAUGUUUUAACAUUUAGUCAAUAAGAAGAGCGCGAAAUUUGAUGAUACACAACCACACACACACAAAAACACACACCCAAAAUGGUUGAUUAUCGACUUUUGUUCUUUUUUUCUCUCUCUAAUCGUUCAAACAAAACACGUAGAUGACAAUUCACAUUGAAUUGCUACUGCUAGAUAUGCAUUUCAUUUCAUUUUUAAUUUUUUCUCGCGUAAAAAUACCAUUUCAAUAGUAGUAUAUGCAUUUGACAAAAAUAUAAUAUACCAGUUGAACGUUUUGUUUUUUGUCUCCUACAAAAAAAAUCUGUCCGCCAGUUUAAAAAAAUGUAGCGCAUUCAAUUUCAAUGUUCAAUAUUUUGUCUGUUUUGUUUUGUUUUACUGCACUCAUUUAAAAAAAUGUCCAUUUUUAACCGAACUUUUGAAAUUCAUCGGUACAUUUUGGAAUUUAUUUACAUAUACAAUAAUUAGAAACAUUUUAAAACAGAAAAUAAGUAAUUAGUAAUGACAGUAAUUGUUAUUAUUAUUUUAAUUAUUAUAAUUAUCAUUACAAAUAAGUAAAAAAAUGUUGUUGCAUGCAUUUUAUAAAUAUAUCUAUACAUAUAUAUAUUAGUGAAAUGAUUAUACGUAUUUAUUGACCGAAAAUAAUAAAACAAAGAAAACCACCUUGAUUAAUAAAAUCUUUGUUUUUUCAUGUGUUUAUUUCUUCUGUUGUUAGAGUUUGUUUAUUUGGAUAGGUGUGGCAUUUUUUUGGCG